AUGCUACUGCGACUUUUGAGCUCGCAGGCUAACGAACUCGGAUCGGUACUCGGAAUGUCAAUUGAGGCCGCUCGUGGUGGUGAUUACUUCUACCGACUCACCGGGUCAGUUCCUACGUGGUUAAACGCAGAGGCCGCACCAUUCUCGGUAGGGGAUGACGAAUCUCGGUACUAA